GUUAAUAGAUAGGUUUUAAGAAAGAUACACAUUUUAUUCCACCUUUAUUAUUUUUAUAAAUAACUCAAGGCAGUGAACACUCACAAUGUUCCUUCCUCCUCCCAUUUUCCCCACAACAACCUUGUAUUAUGGGUUGGGCUGAGACACAGUGACUGGCCGAAAGUCACCCAGACGGCUUUCAUGUCUAAGGCAGGGCUAGAACUCACUGACUCAUAGUUUUUAACCACUAGACUAGAUCAGGAGUAUCAAACUCUAUUUCAUUGAGGGCUGCAUCAGGGUUGUGUUUGACCCUGGGGCCGGGUGGAUAUGGCCAGGGUAGGCAUGGCCAGCUCAAUGUCAUGUGUUGGAGAUGCCUGUGGCAGCCCAAGCACUCUGCCAGUGAAAAUGGAGCUCGGGAGGAUGUGAUGGCCUCCUGCAACCUCCUGCAAUGGUCUCCUGCCAGCGAAAAUGGAGCUUGGGAGGACUGCACACGGAGCUCUGUUUUCACUGGCAGAGGGUUGCAGGAGGCCGUGUUUUCGCUGUCAGAGACACUGCGGGCCAGUCCUUCACUGUUUCCAGGGUGACCCUUUGGGCCAGAUCUAAGCACCCCGCAAGUGGAUUCGGGCUUCAGGCCUUGAGUUUGACACCCCUGGACUAGUUGGUUAAGAUAUCAUGCUGGCUGGUGAAUUCUGGUAGCUAAAGUUCUUAAGUCUUAAAAGUUGCUAAGUUUGGAGAUCCCCUGCACUAGUCUAAGGAUUGUCGCCUUUACUCCCCAUUAAAACCCGGAUUUCGACUAAGCUGUCUAGACGGCUGCAGCGCUUUGAGUCGAGGGCGACGCUGUUCUCCGCUGGUCUUUCCCACAGCCGUCGCUAGGGGGCCUCUGACAAUAAAAAUGCCGCCUCCAAGGCGUUUCGCAGGUAGCUCGAUGGCUCACGCCUCUCUACCCCCCGCAAAGAAAAUGCCGGAACUUUUUCGUGCUGUGAGAUCCUGCAGGCGGCAGUUCCUGCGUUCCUCUAGGCCGCUGAAACUCCCACCCCGCGGGGCCUCUUGGAAGGCCGCUGAGCGAACUUCUCGGCGCCCUCCGACACAAAAGCCUCCUUUAGUCAGCCGGAGAAGGCGCCUGUUGUGCGCGUCCUCCUCGGCAAAGCAGCGGGAGGGGAAAAGGCCCCCGUGAAACCCUGCGGCCAAGGAGCCGGAAGGAGCCGGCGCUGGCUGCUUUUUAAGAAAACCUGGAAGGGGAAGAGGGAGAAGGGGUUUUUUUUCUCCUUUUUUUUUCCGUUGCUGUGGCUCAGGCUCUCCUUUCCUUUCCUCGGCGCCUUGGGAGCGUCACGGUUUCUGUUCGCAGUUCCUUUCCUCGUAUAAAACCCCUCUGGCUCCAACGGGACCGCUUCCAAAAAUACCGGGCGCAAAACUGCGCUCGAAGGAGAAGUUUUCUGAAAGGUGGCCACGAUCCCCAGUGGAAAGGCAUUAUUCCCGUUGUGAGGGCGAUGCCGCUCGCGACUUUCCCCUAAAUGUUGGAGAAAACUUUUCGCUGCUGUCCUCCUCGGCUCAUUUGGGAAGGUCCAGGUCAAGAUUUCCUUUUUUUUUUUAACCUCGGCGCCCCCAAUGUUUCAAACCACCCCCUUUUUCUGCUGGGAAGAGCCCCCCCUUCCUUUCCCCUCCGAAACGGAAGGUCGUAUCACCUUCUGGAGAAAGUGGAAAAUGCCCUCAGUGACUUCCUUGGUUUCUCUUCGGGCUCUGCUCUCCGGCAUUUCCCUUGGGGAAAACUGCCGCGGUUUGUUUCCGUGAAUAUAUUAACAGGCGCGCGCAAAGCAACUAAGCCAACAGCCAUGAAAGCGCGAAUAAAUACUUUAUGUUCGGAGGGAGCUGUACGUAAUCCAGCCAAGCGAGUCUAAUUUCCUGGGGUCGCUCGCUCGCUCGCUCUUCCCCCUUUGGCUGAUUUGGGCUUCUCUUUCAAAGAAAGAAAGAAAGAAAAAGCCUGAACUCUGGAAGAGGAGGAGGAGCCAGGGUGUGGAAGGGGUUUACAAUCCCCCUCCCUUCCCAUCUGGGAGCAGCCUGGAAAGCUGCUGGGAGGUAUGUGGUUCCUAGGUCAGCGGCGCGUGGGAUCAAACUAGGAAGAAACUGGAGGUGGUGGUGGGGGGGCAGUUUCGAGAGGCUAUGGAGAAUAUGGACUUCAGAGGCGGACAGGAAAGAAAUCCCGACAAAGUUCCGAAACUGAAUCCGGCAGUGUUUAUGGAUCAAGGACACCCGCACCAGCUGGCGACAGGAGAGCAGAGAGGAGUUGAUCCGUACAAGCUGGUGGAAGUACAAUUAAGUGGCGGAGCUCCUUGGGGAUUUACGUUAAAAGGAGGCAGAGAACAUGGAGAACCUCUGAUCAUCACUAAGAUUGAAGAAGGUAGCAAAGCUGCAGCUGUGGAUAAAUUGCUGGUUGGAGACGAGAUUGUCAGCAUCAAUGAUAUUAACCUCUCUGGCUUCAGGCAAGAGGCAAUCUGCUUGGUGAAAGGCUCGCACAAGUUUCUAAAGCUUGUGGUAAAAAGAAAAAAUGAUCUAGCCUGCAGGCCUCAUUCCUGGCAUGCUACCAAAUUCACUGAGAAUCGGCUUGAAACAGCUGCGUCAAGACACUCCUCCACCAAUGUGUGUGCUUCAUGGCCCUCUCAGUAUCAUUCAAGUUCCUUUGAUCUUUCAAAUUCAUGGAAUCAAUCAAAUCUACAUCGUACCUCAGGCCAGUUCAGCUCUGUGGGAAGCAUGGAUAUCUGGGAUCACACACCCCAAACAUAUCAGUAUGGACAGAUUUCCUCUGCAAAGUCCAAUAGCAGCAUUGAUCAUCUGGGGAAUCCCAGCAAAAGAGAUUCUGCAUAUGGUUCUUUUUCUACUAGCUCCAGUACACCUGAUCACACAUUGUCCAGUGUAGAUGGUCUGUCAACAGAGAAUGUGAUGUAUAAAGUGGGUCACUGGGAAACUCCAAAACAAGGGAAUAGCAAGACUGUUUCAUUUCUGAGUGAUAAUGGAAGAUUUGAAGAAAAAGUUAACUCCUUUGCAACUCCACCACAAUACGAAAACAACCUAAGUUCACGACCAGAAGACCAUACUAAUUCAGUCUAUUCUGGGCCUGGAAGAUCUAAUUUUGUACCUGUGUGGUAUGUCCCUGAAGGAAAAAAGUCUCCUUCCCCUCCACCUCCACCACCCCCUCUCCGAAGUGAUAGUUUUGCUGCUACCAAAAGUCAUGAUAGAGAUCAUGCGCCUCCUCUAUAUUCAGAGGGCAUUCAGAGCCCCCAGCAUUUUGAAGCCCUACAUAGAACACCAAUCAGAAAUGACUGGAGUGCUGACACUGCUGAAGAACAAAAGCAAAUGAUCAGGUCAGUUGAGAAGACCUCACACAGAAGACGAGGAAGCAGCCCAAUACAAAGACCUGAUUUUAUUCCAGAUUAUGAUUUUUCUUCCCCAGGUGACAGGAUGAACAAUAAUAUGGGACAUGCUAAGAGGCUGCAUUCUUCUCUGUCUAGUACUGAUGUUCGAUUUGCCCAGUCUGUUUAUGAGUCUCAGCACCAUCAACAUCAGCGGCAAUAUAGUGAUGAAUAUAGUUUCUUUCACAAUGCAAAAGCCUCUGCAUCAUCUAAAGAGCCAAAAUGGCUCUCUUCUUAUAGUGACAUUAAGGAGAGGCCUUCUGACAAACAUAACUCUCAUCUAAACCAAACCAGGACUCCUAGUAAUACCACUACUGACGUUUCUGACAUGAGUUCUGAGGAAAACCCUGGACUAAAUCAUUACUAUUGUAUAAAAGCGAGGCAGCAUCCUGCUCAGUCUGCUCAGGGAACCUCAAAAUCAUUACAGUUUAAAAAUGAACGUAGGAAUUCUGGAACAGGAAAUCUUGCUGCUUCGGUGUCAAGUGAGAAUCCUGCCAUAACCAUGAGCCAAAAUCCUAAAUAUUCUCUACCUCAGCAUCUUACUGAGUCUUCUCUGGAUAUAUGUGAAAAGAGAGCUCAUUGUGCAGUUAAUAAAGGAGAGGAUAUUAAGGCUGUUGUACUGGAAGGUUCUAGGAAGAUAAAUUACUCUGAGAAAUCAGGUCAGAACAAGACAUUUGAAGAAAAUCUCAGUAGUCAUGAAUAUAAGGAUGGGCAGGAAUAUUUACAGGUGCCUGACGCUAAAAUAGCCCAAAAAGAUUUCAAAUGGAAUCAGGAGAAGAACUAUCAUAUUUCUCCCCAAAAGACCCCAAUGUUGCAUUCUUUAGCUCAGGAAGAGAAAAAGAAGAUUAAUGUUGCUGCCGAAAUUGGGAUUAAUAAACAGACAGGAUUUGAUGUUCACCUAAGCAAAAAUGCACGGAGGAGUGAUCGUUUUGCUACCACACUGAGAAAUGAAAUUCAAAUGAAGAGAGCAAAACUCCAAAAAAGCAAAAGUACAGCAGCCUUAAUAGAGCCAACAGAGGAAGAGGACUAUGCUGAGAACUGGAAGGAUGAUUCUCAAGAAAAGAUGGCUUCUUCAUCAGAAAGUUGUUAUUCUCACAUGUACAAAGAUAAUCUGAAAGAGGCCCAAGCCAGAGUUUUGAAGGCUACUUCUUUUCAGCGCCGAGACUUGGAACUCAAUUCUGCAGAUUAUCUUCCAGAUCGAAAGACAAAUAUAUACAAUACUUCUCCAUUGACACUUGUUUCUGAAGAUGAAUUAAGUUUCCCUGAAUUUAGGCAGCCUUCUAAAGAGAUAUCAUUGAGUAAUGGUGCUCACCAUCUUUCACGUAUUGGUGCUAGGAAGAGAUUUACUGCAGAACAAAAGUUAAAAUCUUAUUCCGAACCUGAGAAAAUAAAUGAAGUGGGUAUAUUGGAUGAUAACUGCCAAACACCCCAUCGUCCAACUACAUCAGAGGAAGCUUUGGAAACUUUUGCAGAUAAAUGGAAGUUUUUUGAAGAGACUAGUAAGCCAGUCUGUCAAAAAUCUUCACAGAGAUGUGCAUCCUACUUUCAUUCAGAAGCAGAGUCUGCUACUCCUCGUAGAAAUUCUCAUGAAAUUGAAUCUGCAGGAUCAUGGUACAAAAAAAGAAUGCGGUCAGCUUCUUUCGGAGUUGAGAAUGUGCUUUGUGCUUCUGAUAGACCUAGUGAAACUGUACAUUACAGUGGCCAUAUUACUAAAUCAAGACAACCUCAGAGGUUAGAAACAUUUGCAGAAUACCAGGCUUCUUGGAAAGAGCAGAGAAAACCUAUAGAAAAUUGUAGUUCUGGAAAGUAUCAUUCAGCUGAUAAUAUCCUUGAUGCUGGCCUUGAACAACUUGAGAAAUCUCAGUAUAAACAUGAAAGGUCCAGGUCAUCUCCUUCUACUGAUUUUUACAAGCAGGGAACAUCAACAGAAGCAAAGAGGCAAUCUGAAAAAUCCAGGAAAAAUGAAGAGUUUAUUUCCUCUGUUGCAAAAUCAGAUGAAAGCAGCUGCAAUUUGAGCUUCUUUCCUAAACUUACAGUAUCUCUCCAGCCUCCUCUAAUUAAAGAGCAAAGCUGUCUUCUUUCUGAGACUCACAGAUCAUCUGAUAAAGAGUAUUCAGAAGACUGUCUGAGAGAACUCACAGCUCAAGAGGACUACAGUUCAGGAAACAAGUGGAAAGUAUCUGCAAGGUCCUUUCAUGCAGGACCUGCCACAGUUGCAUCACAGCGGAGCCGAGAUAGAUCUGGGACAUUGCCCAGUGAUUACAGAUAUUCACAGGAAAACGUAAAUGAGAAAAGCAAAGAUUAUGGUGCUUUGCCUCUUGUGAUUUCUGGACUACAAAUAUCAGAUAAGAAUCAGCACUGUUUAACAACUAUCAAAGCAGAAGAAAAUCUACAGGGAAAUUCUAUACUGCUGAAUAAGAAAAAUGGCUCUUUUCCUCAGAGGCCACCCGCACCCAAACGAGAUAAGAAACACAGGCGAGAGGAUAGUUUUUCAGCUUCCCUUGUUUCAGGAUCUUUACUGACAGUACCCAACAGAUCAGAUCAGUCUUCCCCUGCUGCUAACAAUAUAGCUGUAGGCAGCUCAUCACCUUCUCAGGUUCCCACAAAAAAUUCUGGAAAAUUUGUAAGUGCAGAGCUGCCAGAUACUGGGCAGUUAACAUCCACAGAAAAUGUUUUUCACCAUUUAGAAGAAAAAAGACAUCUCAAAUCUGAACCUCCACUUCCUUCAGCUUAUCGUUACCAUCUAAAAUCUAGAAUGGAAGCAUCAAGAUCCCCUUCACCACAGUUUGCUCCACCAAAGCUGACUGAUAAGCCACCUGUGGCUGCUCAGGAUGAAAAUUCCACAAGAAUUGAAAGAGUGAUGGAUAACAAUACAACUGUAAAAAUGGUUCCAAUCAAGAUUGUACAUUCUGAGAGCCAUUCAGAGAAGGCAAGCAGGCAAAAUCUUGGGACCACAAUAGAGCCUCCUACUUUACCAAGCGGCUUAGAAAAAGACCAAAUCAAGACACUUAGCACUUCUGAACAAUCCUAUUCACGUUUUUGUGCUUAUACGAGGCAAGGUGUGGAAACUGAGCUUGAGAACAAAUCAGACCUUUCUUCUUUGCAACCUACUGAAAGCUUUGGGAGGAACAUAAAGGAGAAUGACAUAUCCACCCAUGCAGUUAAUUAUGUGAGAGCCAAAGAAAAGACAAUUGAGGACUGGAAAUCAGAAGAAUUAGUUAGAGAAAUUGUGGAUAAGGAUAAAUCAUUAGCAGAAAUUUUAGACCCAAAUGUGAAAAUAAAAACCACAAUGGAUUUAAUGGAAGGAAUCUUUCCCAAAGACGAACAUCUCUUAGAAGAAGCACAACAUCGCAGAAAAUUUCUUUUAAAGGUUUCCGCACCCAAAACUGAAGAGGAAAAGAAAGAGGAGCUGAAUCUGUCUUUGGCCAUUCCCUUAACAACUAAUUCCACUUACUAUAGCACCUCUGCACCCAAGGCAGAACUUCUGAUCAAGAUGAAGGAUAUGCAGCAGCAGCAACAACAACAACAGCAGCAGCAGCAAAGUGAGGAGGAUUCUGAAAAUGAGUUAGAUCACAAUUUGUCUGAGAAGAAGCAAGAGCUUAUAGAUAGCAUUAGUCGAAAACUAAAAGUGCUAAAAGAAGCUCGAGAGACACUCUUGGAAGACAUUCAAGCCAAUAAUCUUCUUGGAGAUGAAGUGGAGGUAGUGGUAAAGGAGGUCUGCAAACCCAAUGAAUUUGACAAGUUUCGGAUGUUUAUCGGAGAUCUAGACAAAGUGGUUAACCUCCUGCUAUCACUCUCUGGUCGACUUGCCAGAGUAGAAAAUGCAUUAAACAACUUGGAUGAAAAUGCUUCUCCUGAAGAAAGGCGGAUUCUAGUAGAAAAACAGAAAUUACUCACACAACAGCAUGAAGAUGCAAAGGAGCUGAAAGAAAACCUGGAUCGAAGAGAACGCAUUGUCUUUGAUAUUCUGGCCAGCUAUCUGAGUGAUGAAAGCCUUGCCGAUUAUGAACACUUUGUCAAAAUGAAAUCAGCCCUCAUAAUAGAACAGCGAGAGCUGGAGGACAAAAUCAAACUUGGGGAAGAGCAACUCAAGUGCCUGACUGAAAGUCUCCAGCCUGAAAAACCCAAAUAAUGAUUCAGUAAUGGCAAUAAUCCUCGGACUUUGUUUUACAUAGUUUUAUUUGAAAACCUUGAAAUCUUUUACAGUUUUUUAAGACAGAAAAGAGACCAAUAUACACAGGAACACUGUUCCCUGAUUUUCCAAAAGGGAAUAAGAAAACGGUUAAUUUUAGAGACUUGGGGAAGUAGUUAUAUUAAGCAGACAAAAGAAUUUUUCUAGCACUAUGAUUAGGCUGGGGAAAUAAAUUGGCAACAUUGUACAUUUAGAUCCUUUUUUUAAAAAAAUUGCAUGAUAUUAAUACGUUCAAAAUUAUUUCAAAACCAUUUGCUCAAGUAAGAUUUUAAUUAUAUCCAAUUAAACUAAUUCAGAAUGUACCAGUAAAUUGCAUAUUUCUGUGGCUUUGUGAAUUUUAAUGUUGUAAUGAAAUAUAAUUAUAGUUCAUUAAUUUAUCACUUCAGUAUUGAUGGUUGUAGCAGGAAUAAGAAAGAAAAGUUUAAUUCAAAGCAAUUUUCUUAUCUGAAUGAAAAACUGAAGGAUUGAUUCUUAUAAGUCUUAAGUUUGUAAUGCAGUGCAAAAAUAAUACAACAUUUCAUUAGAUACUAUUUGCCAGGAGUUUAGUGAGUCAUAUAUUCUUAGAUUAUUCUGCAUAUUCUUCAUCUGUUUGUUUUUACCUUAUGACUUUGCCUUUAAGGAUCACUGUUUGUCCUGUGACUGUGCUAUAUGAAGCUCCUUGUUUUACUUGGACUUACAGUUGGAUACCUCUGUGCUGUGUUUAUUUUAAUAAAUAAUAUAACAGUUUGAUCUUAUUUUCCAGUCCAAUCACAUGUAGGGACAUAUUAACACUGUAAUCUAAAACGGGACGUAGUGGCUCAGUGGCUAAGAUGCUGAGCUUGUCGAUCGAAAGAUCAGCAGUUCAGCAGUUUGAAUCCCUAGUGCUGCAUAACAGGGUAAACUCCCGUUACUUGUCCCAGCUUCUGCCAACCUAGCAGUUUGAAAGCACAUAAAAAUGCAAGUAGAAAAAAUAGGGACCACCUUUGGUGGGAAGGUAACAGCGUUCUGUGCGCCUUUGGCAUUGAGUCAUGCCGGCCACAUGACCACAGAGAGGUCUUCAGACAGCGCUGGCUCUUCGGCUUUGAAAUGGAGAUGAGCACCACUCCUAGAGUCGGGAAUGACUAGCACAUGUGUGCGAGGGGAACCUUUACCUUUAAUCUAAAAAAAAAUAUGUUUUUAAAGCCCCUUUAAAACCUUUUACAUAAUAAGGAUGCAAUAACUGUUGAUGUAUUAACCAACUUAUAGGUAAUGUUUCUUAAUAUUAAUGGAUAUUUGUAAUGAAUAAAGAUAAUCAUUAUGUCUUUUCUAUAGUGUAUUUUUAAGACUUACUGAGAAAUAAUUUACCUAAAACUUUGACCCAUUCUGCACAGUACCCUCAUUUAGAAGUUAAAUUAAUCGCACCAUUACAAAAGAACUUAAUUGUGAAUCAUUCCACAAGGAUGGGUACAAUUUCAGCUGUUCUGAUUACUCUAGCAAUACAAUUGUUAGCUAUAAAAGGACCAGCUCUAACAGAUUCCACGUAAUAUUGUAUUUCAGAAGCAGAUAUCACUCAAUCCCAUGCAUGUCUGUUCAAAAGCAAACCUAGGACUCAUAUCACAACACACAUGUGUAUGGGAUUGCAAUUGUGUAUUCUUGAUUGGUCUUUUCCCACAAAUAUAUCAGUGCUAAUUCAUACAUUUGAUGCCAUUUCCUUCUAUGUUGUUAACAUUAUUUUAACAAUUUUCUCUACUAUUUAUAUCUGUCAUCAUUGUGACAUACAUUCUACAGUCCAUAUUAGACAAGUGUUUCACUUUGUUUCUGGUUUAAUUCUCACCUAUACACAAUAUAAAGCACCAUUUUUGUUCCAAUCAAAUGUAACAUUUUUUCUUUAACUCUUUAAGGAAAUAAAAGUUUUCUGUGGUGAUUCAGUUUGUAUAUGUGCACUCAAAAUAUAACCGGUAUGUACACAGUAAUUUGCAUUAAGUCAUAUAAUUCAUAUGAGCUUAGUACAUAAAUGAAUGUAUAAUUAUAUUUCAGUUUGGAUAAUAAUAUAUUUAAUGAUUACCUUUGGUUAAGCUUGCCAUUUUUUUGUUUGUUGGUUUGGCAGGCUCUCUGGAAAGGGCCGGUAAAGGGAUUCCCUUUCUUUCUCUUCUGUAAAUAUACAUUACAAAUAUCUCUAUUGUUUGUUCUAUCUGAGAGAGAAUCUGGUGCUAAUGUCUUGCUUUGGCAUCACAAGUGAAGGAUUAUUUCUUCACUUUGUAUGUCAUUGCAGUAUUUAGACUUCGUACAGUAAAAAAUAUAUUUUGAUUUUUUUUUUCCUGUGGUCAAUUUUCCAUAUACUUCUCAAAUUCAAACAACAUAUUUCAAUUUCUUAAUUUUUGCUUAAUUAUUUACCUACUGACAAGGUUAUAUUGUUUUAUCCAGGAAAAUAAAAUAAAUAUUGUGCUUGA